AUGUUCUUCCUGCGUAACUUGUCACAUACGAUCAACCUGCACCCGUCCUACUAUGGACCCCACAUGAAAGAGUUCCUGAUGAGGAACCUCCACGGAGACGUAGAAGGAACCUGCUCAGGAAGAGUCGGCUUCAUCAUCUGCGUCCUCACCAUCACCAACAUCUCUCCCGGAAAAGUCCUGCCCGGAUCGGGACUCGCAGAGUUUGUUGUCCACUACCAGGCGAUCGUCUUCAAGCCAUACAAGGGUGAAGUCGUCGAUGCUAUUGUGACCAGUGUCAACCAGAUUGGAUUCUUUGCGGAUGUUGGUCCCUUGCAGGUCUUUGUUGCCCAGAAGCUGAUGCCGAGCGAUUUCAAGUUUGAUUCGAACGGGCCAUGCUAUCGCGGCGAUGAUCAGAUGAUUGAGAAGAACGGACAAGUGCGUCUCAAGAUUGUCGGUCUCAAGCAUCAAGCAACGCAGAUCAAUGCUGUCGGAACGAUAAAGGAAGAUUACCUGGGACAGAUCCAAUAA